AUGUUUCAUACAAUGAUGACUGCACCGAUCAUAUUCCAACGUUGUUUAGUUCCAAAAAUGAUAGAUAAAAGUGUUAAAAAAUCGUUAACAACUAGCCCACAUGAUGAUGAUGAUGAUGAUGAUGAUGAUGAUGAUGAUGAUGAUGAUGAUGAUGAUGAUGAAUCGUCAAUGCUGUCGAAAACAUACAGUGCUUCUAAAGAUGUUUUGAACCAAAAAUAUUUCACUUUAAAACGAAAACAAUGUCGACUUGGCUUAGACUUAUAUCAUGCUUUCCCAGGUUUAUUAUCAAAACUAACGGAAUUUCUAACACUUGCUGAAAGUUUGGGAAUCGGUGAUAAAGAUAGUCUAGGCUUGCAACCGGUUCCAGAAAAAGUUAUUCAAGCAAUGGAACAACAUUUACAAAUUUUAGAAAGUAAAAAAGGAUCCGAUGAUGAUGAUGACGAAGAGACUACUCAUACUUCAACGAAACGAAAUGUCCCUAAGAAGCCGGCACUACCUGUACCAAUUCCAAAUCAAAAUGUAACAGCCUCCACUGAAGCUAAGAUGCCUAAGAUGCCUACUUCACAUUCACCUGCUCACAAUACAGAUUUUACUGAUAAUACUAAUGAUCAGUUGACCAGUAAAACACAUGAUGAUCAAUCGGAACAGUUGAAGAACUAUGAUGGUGGUGAUGUAGAUGAUACAGUUGAACCGACCUAUCCAACUGUUGUCUUAAAUGAUGAAGAUGGAUUACCGUCUGCUUUACAAGAAGAAAUCAUUGCCACAGCGAAAGGUCAUCUACAUGAAACUUUAGUGAAAAGUACUGAAGCUGUGAAACGGUCCACUCAACAACAACAUCAUGCUGGUGGUGCACCGCCAGUGCAUACACAAUUGGGCAGAUCAGAACAUCGUACUGUAUCAGUGCAACCACCAUCAUCAUCGACACGUUCACGAUCACCAUCACCAUCACCAGCUCGUCCACCACCGUCACCAAGUCGUCAAUAUGCUGCUGCCGCCGCCAGUACAACACCAAAACGACCAUCGAUUAGUGUUAGCGAUAGUGAAGCAGUCGAUCAUGAUGACGGUGAUGAUGGUGAUCAUCAUGGUAGCACCACUCAUGCUGGCGGUAUCAAUAAGACAAAACACAAUUCAUCAUCAUUAGGGAUUCAUCAAGAAUUGACUGCACAAACUGAUGCGCCAUCUUCUAUAUGUGCUAGUCCAUUUGCUGGUGAUGAAGAACCUGUGGAACCAGUCAAUGAUACUGGUACAAAUGUUUGGUCAAAUAAAUCUUCAUCAGCUCAUGUGGAACCAGCACAUGGUAACAACAGUAAACAUUCAGCUAUUGAUGACUUACUUGGUCUUGAUCUAAUGUCCACUGAUGAGGAUACUACUAUUCCACCAACUAAUAUUCAACCUAUUCCAGUGUCAGUUCCAAGCGCAUCUGUUGGAAAAGAGAAUGAAUCAAAGGGUUCAGUUGUUGACACUACGAAUAGUACUUCUGCUGCCGUUGCUGCUGACACUCAUACAACAACAGGUUCUGCUUCAGUGCUUGAUGAUCUCCUGUUAUUGGAUCCACUUUUGGAGAAAGAUUCUGUCGGUAGUGCUACUACUACUACUACAGUGAAAACACCGGUGACUAAUUCUUCUGCAAUGUUUAAUAAUAAUUCACCACUGCCUGCAGGCUUAAAACCUGUACCUUCAACUGUUCCAAUACGUCCAGCUGUUGUUAUGAAUGCAUCACAAAACAAUAAGAACCCAUUGGAUGCAUUAGAUAGUACUUUAUCAAAUUUAGCAUCAAGUCUAGGCGGUCAACAAUCAUGGGGUACGACUAAUUUGAAGAAGAAACCAUUGGCUGAAACUGAGAAAUGA